AUGUUCACGGAGCUGAGGUCCAAGCUGAGCCCCCCGCGAGGCCGCGCUGGGGCUGUGCGCACCGGCUUCGGGGAGCGCCGGGAUGUGGACGCUACUGCCCACUUCAGCUUCUGCCGGACCUUCUUGGAGCACACAGUGUCUGCUGAAAGCCUCCCCUACCAGCUGCCACGGACACCAGGCACUAGCCUCACGUGGCACGACGCCCGCAGCCAGAGGGCAACCAGCAGCCGGCCAGUCAAGCUCCUACAGCAGCCGGGCUCGGAGCCCCCCCAGAGCCGGCUAUACGCUGACCACUAUGGCCUGUACCACACAAGCCCCCCACUGGGUGGUCUGACCAGACCCGUGGUCCUGUGGAAUCAGCAGGACGUGUGCAAGUGGCUCAAGAAGCAUUGUCCCCACAACUACCUCGUGUACGUCGAAGCCUUCUCCCAGCAUGCCAUCACUGGCCGGGCCCUGCUGCGGCUGAAUGCAGAGAAGCUGCAGCGCAUGGGGCUGGCGCAGGAGGCGCAGCGGCAGGAGGUGUUGCAGCAGGUGCUGAGGCUCCAGGUGCGAGAAGAAGGGCGGAGCCUGCAGCUACUAAGCCAAGGAAGCCCACUGGCACAUGUGAAACCAAGGCCUCAGGUCCAGGGAAUGCCCCGGACCCCUGGAAAGUGGCAGAUGGAGCCCCAGGCUGCCCUGACUCCACACCCGGAAAACCUGGAUUUCCAGAGUCACCUGUCUUCCCAGAACCUAGCCCGGGUCUGCUGGUUUGGGGCUGGUGCUGCCUGGCUGAGGGACAGCAAGGGGCAGGGGACCUUGACAGCCGUACCCCCUGCUCCUCUGCCUUCUCUCAUGCCCCUUGGGGACUCAGAAAAUCUCAGGGACCAUGAGGCUGAGCCCCCAGCCCCCUCCCGUAUACCCUGA